AAUCUUGUCGAUAAUCCUCCUCUUUCCCUGAUGACGUCACACACGAUGGCGUUUUAUUUUUUCCAAAAGUGGAGCAACUAAGAAGCAGAACUGGUACUUUGAAGAAAAGCAAAAUGGCAGACGUCGUCAGCAAAACUGCAUUGGACUGUGGCAUUGUGAUCGAGGAUGACUGGCCGGGGUACAAUAUCGACCUCUUUAGUUCUCCUACUCACUAUUCGGGGGAUCUCGACUGUGUCUACAUUCCUCAUGGGGUGAUCAUGGACAGGACCGAGCGGCUUGCCCGCAACAUCAUGGAUGAUCUUGGAGACCAUGACUUGGUGGUGUUGUGUGUACUGAAGGGUGGCUACCAGUUCUCCGCCGACCUGGUGGAAGGAAUCAAAACUCUGAGUCGCAACUCCAACCGAUCCAUCCCCAUGAGGGUCCACUUCAUCCGCCUCAAGAGCUACCUGAACGACCAAUCAACAGAGGAUUUACAAAUUAUUGGUGCAGAGGACUUAUCUUUUUUGAAUGGAAAGAACGUCCUCAUCGUGGAGGCCAUUGUAGACACAGGAAACACACUGAAAAUGCUCCUGAAGCAUGUGGAAGGCUUCAGGCCCAAAAUGAUCAAAGUAGCAGGGUUACUGGUAAAGAGAGUUCCUCAUAGUGUGGCCUGCCUCCCUGACUAUGUGGGCUUUGAGAUACCGAAUCGCUUUGUUGUUGGCUAUGCCCUGGACUACAAUGAAUACUUCAGAGAUCUUGACCAUAUCUGUGUCCUCAGUGAAAGUGGGAAGAUGAAAUAUAAGAUAUAAAUGGAUGAGGGUGCUAACGUUGACUGCUUUAUCUGGAGUAGAAUUAAUGGCAAGCUUGGACACUUUCUUUUUAAACUUAACAAAAUUCCAUAUUAACCUUAACCCGUUAAUUUGAAGAGCUCAACUCAUCUAUCAAGUAAGACUUAGUGUUUCACACAGUGUACUUGUAAAUACUGUCUGUAACCAGUACUUGUUUAUCAAAUGUAUUUAAUAAAGGCUAACACAGGUUCAAAUUAAUAUCAAUUUAUCAGAGUUAUGAAUUUGCACUGACUUUUAGCAAAACAAUUAUGUUAUACAUACUAAAUUACGAUAAAGUAUAGAAUAGAUAUUUCUAUAUAUAUCACCUCAUCGAUCCACUAAUCCGUUCAGCACUAAUAUUUUAGAAUUAUUGUUACAUAUUAUGUUUACAAGAUUUUUUUCAGAAAUGGGAAAGCACAGCUCAGCUUACACUGGGUUCAUAGGUCAUGUCCUCUGCUUUAUUAACGUAGUGUACUUUUGAAUUUUUUACUAAAAUGACCAUCUCAAUUGUUUGGAUUUUGCUAUGUAAUGAUCUUGAUACUUGACCUGUUUAAUGUGUCAACAACUUCUUGCUCGGUUUUAGAAAUGUAACGGUAGAUCGUCUUUAUCGUUACGUGACCUUUUAACAGUUUCAGUUAUUCGUUUUUGUCACACUGCUGCUCUACCUGUUUUGGGGGGAAACUAAAAUGUCUUCUUACACACUAAACGUUCACGUGUUCCAGGAAUUCCUCAGCCUGUUGUACAUGACAUGGUAGCUAGUAGCUACAUGAUUGUUACGUUGAAAUUCCAGUGUCAAUAAGGGGUAGAACUUCUGUGAACACACGAUGUCCAAGUAAUAUGAUUCAUUGUUUGUAUUAUUCAAACUGCCUUUUCUUUUGUGUUACUUUGCCCUUGUUUUAAGGCAGUUAAACUGUUGCAGUAACCUAUUUUACUAGACACACUACUAAAAAUAAAAUGUUUUGUACAUUCA